AUGAAGGCACUUGCCAGCUUCGCCAUGGUCACCGCCGCGCUCGCGGCCAAGAUCUCACAACACUACUCUAACAUGGGCCUGGACUUGUCCGCCACGCCUGCUAUUGCCGCCGAUAACUCGACGGGGGCUUACUGCGGCGUAGGCUAUACAUACUGCGGGUAUAUCCUAAAGGAGCAGAAGAAUUUCGAUGAGGCCACUAUCCUCACGGCGUACUGCGCCGGCGGCUAUUGUGAUGCUGGCAAUGGGUCCACGGACACGGAUCCAAUGCAGGGGCUGUACGUGUGCCUGCCUGAGUCUGCCAUCCCGAAGAGGAACAAGCAGGAUGAUGAGCCGUAUACAGGCCCGGUCAAGAUUGAGCUGCUCUGCGCCUGCAAUGGCAAGGCGUUUGGAGGUGGUGACAACGUCUGCCUCAACCCAGAUGGUGAUCACAUCGGAAGAUGCAGCACACCGUGCUCCAAUAGUGCGUCUUCAUGA